UUUUUCAAGGUACGGCCACUACCGCAGCGCGAACGCCUUUCAUCCAGUGGUCGCGGCGACUCACGAUCGCCAUCGCUUGUCGGCACAGGGAAGCAGUGGAAACGUGCUACGGAUUACGGUAGUGCAGCAGAUGACUUAGAUGAGUCUGGACGAGUAUCCUCGCAUGAUUCUGGUGCUAUGGAAGCGUUGCGUCGUUUUGGUUUCCGCGUUACCGAAGAAGAUGAGCCAGGACGUUCGUCAAGUGGCAAAAAUCGAGCUCGAGUCAAUGACCGCCAUCCGGUAGUAGCUACGAGAGAUGCCCUUUCGGCACUAAACCAAGAAAGGGUUCCGCUAGCUGAAUCGAUCCAAUGUCUGCCGACAACUGAAGGUGAUGAUGACGGUGGUGAAAAGUGGGGUGAUGGAGUUGAUCGGAUAGGAGCGGCUAUACAAAUGGAACGAAUGAGGAUCGAAUCUCUAACUGGUCGGGUGAAAGUUGGAGAAACGGUGCUGAGCCCGGUGAUCAACGAUGACGACUACAUGACGAUGCGACCGCGUCGAAAUUUGGCGACAUCGGGCGAGUCUCAACGACGACCGCUUCUGGACCAAGAAGACGAUAGCGAUGGUACAGAAUGA